CUGAUGGCUCCAGUCUUUCCGGAAAAAGACCUUCUAAGCCUUCCACCUAAGACAACAGAGCCUUUUGAGAAUUCAUCGUCGUCGUCUUCGUUGUCCCUCUUUCUUCUUCUUCUUUGUCGACGCGCUCAAGGAUGAGGAGGAGGAGGAGGACGAGGAGGAGGAGGAGGAGGAGACGACGAAGAAGAAGAGGAAGAGGAAGAAGAGGAGGAAGAAUAAGGAGGAGGCGGAGGAGGAGAAGGAGAAGGAGGAGGAGGAGGAGGAGGAGGAGGAGGAGGAGGGAGAAGGGAGAAGAAGAGGAGGAGGGGGAGAAGAAGAAGGGAGAAGGGAGAAGAAGGGAGAAGAAGAAGGGAGGAGAAGGGAGAAGAGAUGGAGGGCAAGACGAAGAAGAACAAGAUGGAGAGGAAGGAGGAAGAGGAGGAGGUGGAGGUCCCGCUAGGAGGAGGAGGAGGAGGAGGAGGAGGUGGUGGUGGAGGAGGAGGUGGAGGAGGAGGAGGUCACGGUAGAGGAGGAGGAGGCGGAGGUCCCGAUAGAGUAGGAGGAGGAGGUCCUGAUAGAGGAGGAGGAGGUCCCGGUAGAGGAGGAGGAGGCGGAGGUCCCGAUAGAGGAGGAGGAGGUCCCGAUGGAGGAGAAGGAGGCGGAGGUUCCGAUAGAGGAGGAGGAGGAGGUCUCGAUAGAGGAGGAGGAGGUCCAGAUGGAGGAGAAGGAGGCAGAGGGGAAAAAAAAGAGGAGAGUCGGGGUUCUCACGUCUCAAACAAGGGCAUUCAACUUCGCGGCGAGACGGAGGAGGAGGAGGAGGACGAGGAGGAGAAGGAGGAGGAAGAGGGAGAGGAGGUCCUGACGACGGAGGAGGCGGCGGAGGAGAACGAGGAGGAGGCGGAGGUCCCGAUAGAGGAGGAGGAGGAGGAAGAGGAGGUGGUGGAGGAGGAGGAGGUGGAGGAGGAGGAGGUCCCGAUAGAGGAGGAGGAGGUCUCGAUAGAGGAGGAGGAGGUCCCGGUAGAGGAGGAGGAGGAGGAGGUCCCGAUAGAGGAGGAGGAGGAGGAAGAGGAGGAGGGAGAGGAGGUCCCGAUCGAGGAGGAGGAGGAGGUUCCGAUAGAGGAGGAGGAGGAGGUCCCGAUAGAGGAGGAGGACGAGGAGGAGGUCCUGAUAGAGGAGGAGGAGGAGGUCCCGAUGGAGGAGGAGGUGGAGGUCCCGAUGGAGGAGGAGGAAGAGGAAGAAGAGGAGGAGGAGGAGGAGGAAGAGGAGGAGGAUGUCCCAUUAAAGGAGGAGGAGGAGGAGGAGGAAGAGGAGGAGGAGGAGGAGGAUAACGAAGGGAACGAGAUGUCAUUUGACAUGUUCCGAGGCAUGUACUACCUCGAGGCUGCUAAGCCUCAGUUCGAUUUGGAUAGGAAGGUGAUGAUUCACAAGUUGCCAAAUGGAAGGACCGUAAGGCUGCAGAAGUUCAAGUUUGACAUGUUCCGAGGCAUGUACUACAUCGAGGCUGCUAAGCCUCAGUUCGAUUUGGAUAGGAAUGUGAUGAUUCACAAGUUGCCAAAUGGAAUGACCGUAAGGCUGCAGAAGUUCAAGUUUGACAUGUUCCGAGGCAUGUACUACAUCGAGGCUGCUAAGCCUCAGUUCGAUUUGGAUAGGAAUGUGAUGAUUCACAAGUUGCCAAAUGGAAUGACCGUAAGGCUGCAGAAGUUCAAGUCUAACACAAACUUUGAAGAGACGCUGAAUACACUCAAGUAUGCCAACCGCGCAAGGAAUAUCCGAAACAAGCCAAUCAUCAACAGGGAUCCGCAAGCAGCGCUGCUUAAUAAGAUGCGAAAAGAAAUUCAGGCACUUCAGCUUGAGCUUCUGACGUACAGAAUGAAGAUUGCUGGAGACCCUCAAGUUGCUGAUGGCCAACCAAAUCUCGACGACUUGUUGAAGGAUGAAACCAACCGAAACUAUUUACAGGAGUUGAAGUCAAGAUCAUCAUGGUCAACAGAUGUCGGAAAUGAGUUGCAGUUGGUGAGGGAGCGUAGCUUGAAGGCUGAGCAGGAGUGCCAAAAGCUGAAGGAUGAGCUACAGAAAGCGUUAAUGCUUGUAAAUACAUUAUCAGAGGAGACGCUGGAGUUGAGGACCGAACGAGAUCACUAUCAGUUGAAGCUGGAUGAACUGCAUUCCGACUUGGCGACAUUUGUUGAAAGUCUUCCUGAAUGGGGCAAGAGCGGCCAAGUUAGCGAUGCUGUCUACGCACAGCUUUAUGAGAUUUCACGGAGGGUGGGUGUGACAAAUGAAGCAGAAUCAACGCCAAGGACUGCCAGGCCGUUUCCAUUGCAGACGCCAAGGAGCGGAAAGAGUCCUAUUGCUGAAGAGGAGGGGGAGAAAAGGGAGAAGGAGAGGGCGAAGAGUGAAAAAGAGUCUUCUGUGAGCAAAGCUGACUCUGAGGUUAUUGGUGAUCCUGGGUCUCCGGGAGCUAAAAUCCGAGAUGGAGCAAAGAACAUCAUCAACCAGCACCUUCGUGCUAUACGAGAGUUGGAGGCCAAGCUUGUGGCAAAAGAGAACGAGCUGAAGGAACGAGAUGCUGCAUUGACAGAAGCUGCGGAGGACCUUGCAAGGGAUGAGAUGAUAUUUGCAGAGAAGAUGAAGGAGAUAAAAGCUCUAAAGAAACUAGCACGGGAACUGACGAGAGAAAAGGAGUCCCUAUUGGAGCAAAAGGCGAAGGAUUCUGACAUCAUUUCGAGACUACAGCAAGAGUCUGCCGCAAGGGAGGAUGAACUGGAACGUUUCCGGGUGAGUGUCCACUGGGACUUGCGUCAGUACAGGAGUACAUGAUUCCAGAAGUGUAUGAAAGUAACAAAACAUAACAACUAUU